AUGGUUGUGUUACUCCCAUUGCUUGUGGCUUCGUCCAUGUGUAUAAGCUCGGUCCUCUCUGUCCCAGUGGCCGAGAGAGAUUAUGCUACAGCACCGACGGUCACUGUUACAAAUGGCACUUACUCUGGCAUUCAUAGCAACGAGUAUGACCAGGACUACUUCCUCGGGAUUCCCUAUGCUCAGAAAGCUGUCCGUUUCUCGCAACCUCAGCCUCUGGACACAACAUGGGAUGGCACAAAGGAAGCAACAGCCUACCCUCUACAUUGCAUUGGUUAUGGUGGGGACGAAAUCGGAUACGAGUUGUCGGAAGACUGUCUGUAUCUGAACGUCAUCAGGCCUGCAGGACUCACUGAUACUUCUGACUUGCCUGUAGCCGUCUGGAUUCACGGCGGCGGUCUGUACAUGGGUGGAUCCGCCGACAGGAGAUACAACCUCAGUUUCAUCGUCGAGAACAGUGUGAACCAGGGAACUCCAAUUGUUGCCGUGAGUUUCAACUACAGGCUGUCCGCCUUUGGGUUCCUCGGUGGAAAGGAGGCGCUCGACGCAGGUGUUACCAACAUAGGAUUUCACGACCAACGUCUAGCUCUUCACUGGGUCAACGAGAAUAUUGCCGCUUUCGGCGGCUCGCCUAACAAGGUUACAAUUUUCGGAGAGAGCUCUGGUGCCGAGUCCGUCAGUGCUCAGGUCCUGGCUUAUAAUGGCCGUGAUGAUGGUCUCUUCCGAGGUGCGAUCGCCCAGUCUGGAUUUGGAGGAGUACUUCCUCGAUACCCUGGAGGACUGAAUGCCACCGACUACCAGCAAGAGGCAUUCAACAGCCUCGUGACGAACACCUCUUGCGCGUCGACUGUAGGCACCCCUGAGGCCAUUACGUGUCUUAGGGAUGCUCCUUUCGAGGAGAUCAAUGAGGCUCUGAACGUCACUGGCAUUGGCCCAUGGCCGCCCGUUCUCGAUUCCGACUUUAUCGCAGAUUACCCUACCAAUCAACUGAACAGUGGCAAAUUUGUUCAAGUGCCGAUCAUCAUUGGGGAGAACACGGACGAGGGUGCCGCAUUCGGAUCGGGCCAAGGCCCGAAUGGCUCCACCGUAAACACGGAUGCCGACUGGGAGUAUGCGAUACGCAACCUGUUCAGCACCAACGUCGCAGCCACGUCAGGAAAGACUGCGGAUCAACUUGUUGAUGAGGUUUCUUACUUGUACCCGAACAUCCAGAGUGUUGGAAUCCCCUCGUUGGAGUCAUUCCCCGAGGUCAUCACCAAUGGCUCGGACUUGGCCACAAAGCUAGGUUUGCAAUAUCGACGAAUCAACGCCGUAUCAGGCGACCACUCUAUGCACUAUGCUCGGAGAAGAUCAAAUAUCGCAUGGGAUCAAGCAGGUGCGCCGUCGUACAGCUAUCGGUUUGAUGUUACCGUAAACGGCAUUCCUGACUUCGCAUCAGCAACUCAUUUCCAAGAGGUCGCUUUCGUCUUCUACAACCUGAAUGGCGACGGCUACGAGACCAAUCCGUUCGCCAACACCACACAGGCUUACAAGGAUCUUGCGCUCACCAUGUCUACAUCGUGGAUCAACUUCUUCGUCGGUCUCAACCCGAACGGUGAGACGGUCAGUCCGGCAUGGCCCGCAUACGAUACCUCAGUCGGAGGCGGUGUCGGUCAGAAUGUUGUCUACACCGUCCGGAACAAUGGCAGCUUCGUAGAGACCGAUGAUUACAGGGCAGAGGGAAUCAACUGGUUCAUCCAGAACGCACUUACUGUGUUUGGAAACUAG